CCCAAUGGCAGAGGGAUGCAGAUACAGAUAUGCACCACAUACAUAGUGAUACCCAAAGACACCCCGAGCAUACGACCUGGUACUUUUCUGCCGUUGGUUGUUGGGUUUUGGUUAUUGGCUGUUCUGAAGCGACUUGGACUCGUGUUGAGUUCUUGAUGCCUCGUUAGUUGUUGAUGACACUUCAGUUUGGAAUGUUUAGAGUGCGCUGCUCCGCGGAACCGUGCAACUGAGAAAUCGAGAAACGACUCGCGACCCUUGAACUAUCGAACUUUCCCGGUGAUUAACUUAAACUUAAGCCUAAAUUGAACUAUGUCUGGAAUUUAAGUUGCCGAACCAGGAUACCCGCCUAAAUCAUCGCAGUGCUAACCAGUAAAUACACAUAUUUUUUUCCGUGCUCCGAUCACCGUAACAGCUCCAAAGUGGCGGAGAAACGCAAAAGUCCGCCCACGCCGCCACCCGCGUCGCAGCGUAGCAAAUCGAACAGUGGUUCCCCGAUAUCGCAAAGCGAUAUGACCACGUCGGCGUCCUUGGAGAGGACCCCCUCAAAGCGGGAUCGAGAUCGCGAGCGGGACAACAGCAGCGGUCUGGGCAGCGCCGGCAGCUUGCCCGCAUCACCCCAAAGCGCGAUCACGGUGAGUCCGUCCUCCCCAGCCACGCCGAAGCGCCCGCUGCGCACCUCAACGCCCUCGCUGGAGCGGAAGAGGGAGCGUGAGGAUCGGGAGGACCUGGAGGAUCGCAAGGAGCGGCAGGAACGGCACGAGCGAGACAGAGAUCACGAGAGAUUCGCCACAGUCUUCAGCACCGCCAGCACCACCGUGCCCACGAACACAAGUUCCAGUUCCGGAUUGGCGCCGGAACAGCUUCGCAUUCCGACGGGCGCAGCCGCCUUCAGCGGAUUCCCGGGGCUCCACAGCAUGAGUAGCCUCAUGCUUCCAUCGUCGGCGGCUGUGGCCGCCGCAGCAGCUGCCCCCUUUCUGCCCUGGUCGCCCAUCCUGCUGCCGCCGUGGAACCACGCCCUCCUACCAGCCGCCUUCUAUCCGGCGGCCCUGCGAAACGCUUUGCCCGGCUUAUUUGAUGCAAAGGUCCCGUCGUCCCAACGCUCUGGCUUCCAUAUAUCGGACAUCCUGAACUUGGAGGGCUCCGAGCUGAAGAAUGCAGCAGCUGCCGCCGCCGCCGCCGCCCACCAUGGCAGCGAUUUGAGUCACCACUCGGGCAGUGAAUCCACCAGUGGACAUCGCGGCCAGGGAUCUCACACCUCGCCUUCGGCGCUCUCGCCCACGCCAGCGGGCGUUUCCGUGGACGAGCACCACAAUAGCAGCGGGACUGGGGGAGGAGCGGGAGAAGCGGAUCACCACAGCACCACCGAGCAUCACGCCCCUCCGAGCCAUCCGCAGCAACAGCACCCGCACCACCAGCAGCACCACCACCCUCACCUCCUCCUCCAGCAGCAGCACCAUCAGCAGGCGGUGGCCCCACUCCCUUUGGCGCACCACCAGAGCGGCGAAGCCCAAAGCCACGCCCACGCCAACGCAGCCGCCGCCCAUCUGCUGGCCAGCCACAAUGCAGCGGCUGCGGCUGCUGUGGCCGCCGGCCAAUACCUGCCCAACCUGCCCAAGAACUUCCCGGGGAGCUUCGGCGACGAGAUGUCCUCGUACCACCACAUGGCCCAAACCAUGCUGCAGCACUCGGGCAGGAGUGCGUGGAUCAAGGAGAACGAGCUAUACGGAACCCAGCAGCCCGCCAGUCCGGAUAGCACCUCCCCAGUUACCUCGGAAGUGUCGUACACCUACAUAGGUUCCAAUUGCCAGACAUCGCCUGCUCUUUCCGGCGAUUACAAAAGCUACAGCCGGUCGGCCGAUAGCGAUGCACUGUCCGUGGGCGACGCCCUGCACACCCUCCACGGAUCCUCUGGUAAUGGGGGUGCCGGAGGCGCUCCGACGGCCCAUGCCCUACACAACAACAAUAAUAAUACGACAAACAACAAUAACCACAGCCUGAAGGCCGAGGGGAUCAACGGUGCAGGCAGUGGCCACGACGACAGUCUGAACGAAGAUGGCAUCGAGGAGGACAUCGACGACGUGGAUGACGCCGACGGGAGUGGCGGUGGGGAUGCGAAUGGCUCCGACGGUCUUCCAAAUAAGAAACGGAAGCGACGAGUCCUGUUCACCAAGGCGCAAACAUAUGAGCUGGAACGUCGGUUUCGACAGCAACGUUACUUGAGUGCCCCGGAACGCGAGCACCUGGCCAGUUUGAUCCGCCUGACGCCGACACAGGUGAAGAUCUGGUUUCAAAACCAUCGCUACAAGACGAAGCGGGCGCAAAACGAGAAGGGCUACGAGGGUCAUCCUGGCCUACUGCACGGCCAUGCCACCCAUCCGCAUCACCCCAGUGCCCUGCCCUCGCCUCGUCGGGUAGCCGUUCCAGUUCUGGUAAGGAACGGAAAGCCCUGCUUGGGCGAUAGUUCCAAACUGGGAGCCGACUGCGUCUCCGUGUCAUCAGCCACCGCCACCGCCAUGCAGAAUGCCGCCGCCCAUCACUUGGUUGCCCUAAAUGGAGCGGCCGCCUAUCAACAUGCCGCUGCAGCGGCUGCCGGCCUUCACGCCCACGCCCAUGCUCACGCCCACGCCCAUGGACACGGCCAUCCUCACGCCCACGCCCAGAGGGCUGCCUGGUGGCCCUAAUAUUGCUAGGAACUGGCAUUCACGGGACUGGGGGCACUUCAAUAGGUGAGACAGUCAGGCCCGUGGAGCGAUGAGCCAGAAGACCACGCCGCCAGAUCCCCAGUGAAGCCAAGUAAAAGAAUAUACAAAAAUAAUUGAAACACAUACAAAUCCCUACUAGCGCUUAGUCACCCGGAUUUAUCCUUGAGUCGCUUCUGUACAUAGUUUAUAUAUAUAUAAUCAUAUACAUACCUAAAUGACAUAUAUUUAUCCAUUCCUGGAUAUCAGACCAAUGCCCAUGACAAAAGAAAGCUACAUUUCCUUCUGAAUAAAAAUCAAUUUGCAUAAUACUAGUGUCUCUUGUCAAGCGCAUUUAAAUCGCAUAAAAUUUAGAAGUAGACCCAUUUUUUUUUAUUUUUUUUUUAGCCCUAAGUUUAAUCCCAAAGAUAAAAUGUGUAAAUAUAAUAUAAAAAUGAGGUAAAUCUGAAAAAUAGAUUACUUCAAGAGAGAAAUUAAUAAUAGGCAAUAUGCAACUAAUUCUGUACUAUAUACCAUAUAAUCAAUUCAAGCGUAAUAAGUGUUCACAUUUUUUAGACAAAACUUAUUGGCCUUUUUUUUCUAUGAAUACAUAUAUAAUAUAGGCACUUAGUCCUAACACAUAUUUUUUUCGUGAGUGUGUGCGUGUAUAGAGAGUAAACGGUCUUUGAAUUUAUAGCAAGUAAUGAGUUCAUAAAUUGUAACAAACAACAAAGACAGUACGCUGCGGAUGUAAACCAAAUUGGACAACAAAGCAAAUCAACACUACAAACUGCAAAGUACAUGUCAGAGAUUUAAUAAAAACCAAUUACAUACAUUAAAAAAUAAACGA